CCAUUGUGCACCCAAAUCCCUUUCAGAGGCAGCAGGUUUGAUGGGAGUGCUGGGAGCCUCAUCAAGAGCAAUCUAGAGUUGAUCAUCAGAAGAUGCUUUACUCCCUUCCUGGGGGGUGUGGCCAGAGAUCACUGCUGACAAACGGGUGUUAAACAUCAUUGCCCACUGCUACCCCAUCCUCUUUCAUUUUUUGCACCUUACCUACCACUUUCUGCUGUCCCUCUUUAGGGACCCUUCUUGUGAGUGCCUGUUACAGAAAGAAGUGGCCUCUCAGAAGCCACAGAGAAGGUGCUGCAAGAGUACAGGGGUAGAGGCAUGAGCUUUUAAUUCUUCCUUAUUAUGAAAAUGAAAAUGGGGUCUUUGUCCUGUCCUACACCUGAGGAGACUAAACAAAUACGUUCACUGCCUCAGAUUCAGGAUUAUUUCGUCUCUUCAGGUUCAAGAUCGGUUCAUGGUUCUCAACUCACAGGACAGGCUUCCACAUAGCCACCAUCCACCUGGCCCACAGGAAGUACCUGAGAUUUACAGUGGGGCCUACUCACUAACAGUACAAAGUAUUGUUAUUUCGGCUCUUCACAUCACCAAGAGAUUCACAAAAUGCCUAACUGUGGUGAUGGCAGCAGUGUACCUGAGAAAGAGGGUCAUCCAUAUCUGUCCAUGGCCAAAUGAUGAGUUAAUUGGAGGCAGCUCACAACAAGAGACAUUAACAAGUUUCAGUUAUAUCCUCUGUCCAUUUUCCCAGCUGUACUUCUGGGAAAUGUCCCUGUGGCCCACCACCUCCCGCAGCUCCCAUUGGCCAGGAACGGCAAACCACGGCCAUUGGAAACUGUGGUGGUCCAUGCCUGCAGACAGUCAACGUCAGCAAAAUGUCUCACGGUCCGCAAUCAGAUUACCCUGAUGGGCCGCAUAUGGCCCGCGGGCCGCAGAUUGCCCACCUACUAGCCAGAGAACUUACGUCAGUGUGGGACCUCGGUGUUAUUCUCCUAAUACUUAUGGGGUGCACUUCCCGCUUUUAGCCUGACUCCUACUGUGCUCCAUCUGCCAUCUCUCAAAUCAAUUUUUUUUGGUGGCCAUCAGCCAACGGAGUGAGUGAGCUUCAGGCACACGUGACUGAACCCCCAUAUACAUUGUUUCACACAGACAAUGUGGUACUGGGACCUUAUGAAGAUUCAUACCCAAAAUGGUUUCUGAGUUCCAGUUAAGUCAAUCCAUUAACUUACCUGUGUUCUUCCCAAAACAACACUCAAGACAAAUGGAAAAGAAACUACACAGUCUGGAUAUAUUCAGAACUCUUUGAAAUUAUAUUGACAGGAAUACAUUUUUCAAAAUGUCCUCUGAUCAGUUUUGGCUACAGCUGGUUGUUUUAUCAAAAAGUUUGUCAAACUGGUUAACACAAAGUAUCUUGACAUGUUACCAGUUGGCUGGCGUACCUCCCCCACCAAAUAUUAAAGCUCACUCUGUCAGAACUCAAACGACAUCUUCUGCAAUUGCCUUAUAUUUGUCAAGCAUUAUUCCAAAUUUGGGAGAGCAGUACUCCAAUUUUGAUUUGACUGACACAGCUGUCACUCCUCAUUCAUACCAUCUGGAGAAGAUACUGUUUGCGAGUCAUGUACAGUAGGAUCCACACUGGCACAUACUUGAAGAAAAAAGAAUAGAUAUUUACCUUACAGUAACUGUGGUUUCUUGCAAUGAUGCCAUGACCUGCCUCCUUUCCUGCUUGUCAGAGUCCUCAGCAGCACAGGCUUUGAGUUGCGAGGGAACUGAGGGAAGAUUGCACACCGUCUGCCCUUUAUGUCUUUGUGUAGGAGCAUAAGGAGGCACAAGGUGCAUGUGUAGCCCUGACAGUCACUGCUGUUAAGAAAACAUUCUGACCUUGUGCGCAGGAGGGGUAUGUGCACUUACAAUAGGAUCCAGACUGACUGCAGCAUUUCAAAGAAUCACAGUUACUGUAGGACAUGGAGAAAAGAGAGCAAGAACUAGAGCAGAUAAGAAUGGAUUGUGAACACUUCAAAGCCCGUCUGGAAACAGCCCAAGCAGAUUGCAUGAGGGAGAAAAAGGAGAAACUAGCCCUUCGACAGCAGCUGAAUGAGGCAAGACAACAACUACUGCAGCAGGCAGAAUAUUGUACAGAAAUGGGAGCUGCAGUCUGUACUUUGUUAUGGGGUGUCUCUAGCAAUGAGGAAGCAGUUAAAAACAUUCUAGGAGGGAGCAAAGCAGUAAAGUUUUUCACAAUCACGGGACAAACUAUGGAGAGCUUUGUGAGGUCAUUAGGUGAAGACAUCAAACACCAAGAUCUGGAUUCUGAUGAAAAUCAGUUUGUUUUAGCUUUGGCAGGGAUUGUGACAAAUGUUGCUGCAUUGGCAUGUGGCCGUGAAUUCCUGGUUAAUUCAAGUCGGGUGUUGUUGGACACAAUGAUGCAGCUUCUGGGAGACAUGAAGCCAGGACUCUGUACCAAACUGAAAGUGCUAAUGCUGAUGUCACUGUACAAUGUGAGCAUCAACUUGAAAGGCUUGAAGUACAUUAGUGAAAGUCCAGGUUUUAUUCCAUUACUUUGGUGGCUAUUGAACGACCCAGAUACAGAAGUGUGUCUGCAUGUUCUACGGCUUCUCCAGUCUGUGAUUCUAGAACCAGAAGUUUUAGCAAAAUCAGCACCUGAGAUGCGUGACACCUUGCCAUUUCAACGUAUCAUAGCGCUGUCAAAGAGCCGCAACACAGAGCUGCAAACACUGGCGCAAGAACUGCUUGAAGACCUCAAAAUCCUAGAGUGUGAAGUGUAGAGACAUACUCACUAGAGUGUUACGACAUCAAAUGUUUAUAUUUACUCCAUAUUUUUAUGCUGCAAGAGUAUGCAAAAUAUUAUAGCAGAUUAAAAAUAUACAUAUUGAGUAAUUAGUAGAGGUGGACUUGGAUUGAAUCAUUUCAAUCUAUCUAGUUACCUGUAUCAGAAUCCCUGCCGCUAGCCAGGUAACCCAAUCCAAAUAAUACCUGGGGAAAAAACAUAUGUUGUUUGUUAGGUGCCUGAACAUAAUCCUAGAAGAGCUCCCAGAAGAAUGACAGGUUUAAUUUAUUUCAUAGGAUUUUGUUGAUAACGUGUUUCAAAAGUGAUCCAAACCAUAUGACCUGCUGGUGAUACAUAGGGAAUAAAAUAAUCAUCUGAAUUAUAGGUAGCACAUUCUUUAUUUUCAAGGAUAGCCAACCUUUUUGGUCCAGUUCAAUCCAUCUCUAAUAAUUGGUGUGCUAAAAGUCAACUUUGAUGCUUUUUAUAACUCUAGUGUUUCAGAAGACAUAAGAAAUUUCAUUUUUAUUGUUACUGUUUCUUUUCUCUAUCCUUUCUAAUCAAAGACAAUUGGAAUUGUGUGGAGUGUAUUAGAUUCUGCUUUAGAAUUUUUCAUUCAAAUUCAGUAGAGUUGGUGGAGAACUGACUUUACAGCUGCCAUGAAUAAUAGCAACUGAGCUUCCCAUAGGCCCUGCAGAAGGGAAAAGAGUGCUGUGGUCUCAGUAUACCUGGUUCUGUAGCCAAAGAGGCUAAAAUUAAUUACUGCUCUGUCAUGAACACUGUUGUAUUUAUUUGAAAUUCUCAUUAUUUUUUAGAGCUAAGCUUGCUUACCUCAAUUAAAAAAAACCCAAACCAACUAUAUUAUAUACUUUGCGAUGCUAUCAUUUAUGUGUAUCAAUAACGCUGUCAUUUCCUGUUUUCUUGUGUUUGUAACAUAGCUUGCAAUGUGACAGUGUUGGAAACAGUGACAGAUAAGAUAUGUAUUUUUACAGAAACAACAACUUCCUCUUAUCCACUGGUGUUAUGGUUCUUCACUGAUGAAGCCAACACAUUAACAAAAACGCAGCAUUGGUGUCUUCUAAAUCAUCUGUGCAGAAGACUCAGAACACAAUCUACUCAAAUCAAUUUUAGACAGUUUUGUUGAUGUGUCUUGCAUCUGCACCACGCUACAGCAUUUUUUUAUUCUUCAAGUAGUAGCACAAGACAAAAAACAAUGUAAAGCUUGAAAGUUCCAUCCCUGUUCAGCAAAGUAGUUAACACAGGCUUAACUUUGAUUUGGGAUUUAACCGCAGGCUUAAAGUUAAGCACACAUUUAAGUGAUUUGCUAAAGUGGGGCUCCAGUGCCACUGAACUCAUUGAUGACACAACACAGCAUACCUGGUUACAUUAAAUCAAGUGCAAGUCAAGUCAGAUACAUAGAAAGAAUCUUGUAGCUACUUCUUUGUAAUAUAUACACAAACUUGUUCUGUUUAGGGUGGAGUCCUUAGAAUAAAUGCAUUUUGUCCCUUAAUUAGCUGUUAUGGUCAAUGGGUCAUUUUAUAGCUGAGGAACUAUAAAAUGCAUUAGAUAAAGACAUAGUUGCACAAUGUUACAAAUAUUCAAUGUUAGAAAAUUUAGUAGAAAUGGAUGUAAAGCUCCUCGUUUCAGUAAUUCGCCAACAUACUAAAAAAUUCAGUGGAUCCUAAUUAGCAUUGAAUGAACAAAAUACAAUAUAUAAACUUCCCAGAAUGCAUGCCAUAAAUCAAAGGGUUAUCGCAAAAUAUGAGACUGAUACCACAAAUGAGGUUAGAUAGGAUAAGUGUAAAAAAGAGAUGCCAAGAGCACUUAGCGGGAGUUACAUGAUUUCUGAUCCAAGAAUAUACAAUACUCACUAUGGAUAGAUGUUGAUCAGAGUAAAAUCUCACACAUUAUUAAAAUACAUUUUCUUUGGAUUUGUUUUCUUACCUUGACCAGACACCAUCCCAUGAUGAAGUCAAAAUGGUGAUAGUCUAGGAAACUAGAGACCAUCAACUCAAGAAAGUGUUUAAUUUUAAAGUAUAGUAAAAGGCAAAAAACAGUCUAAUCACAUACUUUUCAGCUGAGGGGUGUUCUCCCAUUAAUAUUUUUACUCAAACCAUUGGAAGCCAGUAAGCAACAGAAAAAAAGUGUGAGUGUGUGUGUGUAUGUAGGUACACUCAGCACUUCCAUCCACAUUGGAGGCUUUGGUAAAAACCUUACAACUUUAUCUUGUCUUUAUCUUACACAUUUAUCAUACCUAGUGUUACUAAAGCUGGGGGCUCACCAUUUGAAGCACUGUGUCAGUUAUACCUGCUCUGAAUUGAAUGUUUUUGUAGUGAAUAGUCUUCAUUUAGUGCCUUGAUUUAUCUCCAUGUGACCACUACUGGAAAUUAAUCAGUUAAUCUGAUAGCAUCAGUACAUCUCCCAGCUCCCUUUCUCCAAGAUUUAACUUGCUGGGGCUAUGGGCCCCCAUAGUCAGACGUAAUGCUAUGGAUCCGCCAACUUUGUGGAAAUGCCUAUUUAGUUUUAAAAAUUUAAUUAUGCUAUUUUAAUAAAUAAGUAAAAGUAUAGCUGGCUCUGAAAAACUAACUGCAUCUUCUGAAACACUUGAAUUAUGAAAAACUCCAGAAACAAACAGGAAUAAAACAAAUAAUGUUUUAAGAUCGCUAUUACAUUUUUAAACAAGUUGUUUUUAUUGACGUAUUCAACCUGUUUAUUACAGUUCUUAGUGAAAUUGUUGUUGGUUUUAUGCAAAAGAAAAGGUAUUUUGUUUGGGUUUUGUUGGUGCAAAGGAAAUGAUAGUUCAGUAUAUUGCUUUUUUCAGUUCACACAAAAAAGUUUGAGAGUCACAAGGGCUGAACUGUUUUGAAGUCAGAUAAACCUGUUUUAAAUUUGUUUUUCAAGAAAGCCUUCACUCUUUAAAUAUUGUGGUGGAAUAAAUAGUGCCUUACUAGCUGUAGUACUUAUCUAUAGCUUUAAUAUUGUGUUGCUAUCUUUUUCUUCCUGUAUCCCAGAUUCAGUAGGCUCAGGAGUCAACCUCCUUCUCCUGAUUGCUGAGAUCUGGAAGCAAUCUGUUACUGAUUACAUUUAAUAGAACCCUUUGUAGUGGGAGUAAAGUCUGAUGGCUUCCAAACACAGAUAAUCUGACAUACCCUAGUUCCAGUUGUUUUCGGUUUUGCUGUCUCACUAGUAAUAAAACAGAGCAAACAGUUUAUCUUAUCCAGUGUUACUAAAGCUGGGAGUCACCAUUUGAAGCACUGUAUCAGUUACACCUGCUCUGAGUUGAAUGUUUUUGUAGUGAAUAGUCUUCAUGUAGUGCCUUGAUUUAUCUCCAUGUGACCGCUACUGGAAAUUAAGUAGUUAGAGUAUUGUGCCUCCCCCCCC